AUGUGUGUGUGUGUGUGUGCGUGUGUGUGUGUGUGUGUGUGUGUGUGUGUGUGUGUGUGUGUGUGUGUGUGUGUGUGUAGAGAGAGAGAGAGAGAGAGAAUGGAUGGGAUGGCGGAUGGCAGCGAGCAUGAGGCUGCUGCUGUUCGGCCCGUGUCGCUGGAGGAUGUGGUACCUUUGGCGGCAGGAGAGGAGGGGGAGGGUGCUGUGUUUGGGGGUGAUGAGCCAACCACACCCAUAUCAGCCGAGCUGGCUGCCUCUCAAGGGCUCGACCUGUUGAUGGAUGCGACCAAUACCACAACCGACAACAUGUCAGACAAGGACGUGUUCAGCCUCAACGGCCGCGUGCCAUUGGAGCGACCCCAACAGCCCGCCGCACCUACCCCGGGUGCCCGCUCCUUGCCCGCAGGCUCGAGCCGUGCUUUCUUGCAGUCCUUUCUACCUGAUGUGGACGUCGUUCGACACCGGGCCGGCUACGCUGAUUUUAGCACCAUUGACUGGACACGCGAUACCGCCGACGAGCUCAAGCGCAAACGCAAUGUGCUCAGCCAACGCCCCAUGCACCAGCGCGCAUACGAUGCCAUCUCCGGCUGGCUUCUAAUGGCCAUUAUCGGCGCUGCUGUGGGUCUUAUUGCCGGGCUCAUUGAUAUUUCUGCUGAAUGGCUUUCUGAUAUCAAGGAAGGCUAUUGCCCAAGCGCCUUCUGGUUGAGCCGUAAACAGUGCUGCUGGGCCGAAGAGAUGGACGCCAUCAACUAUCACGACUGCCAGCAAUGGCACAGCUGGAGUCAAUCUGGCUAUGCCGCAGGCUACUUUCUCUACCUCUCCUUUUCGCUCCUCUUUGGCCUUUCCUGCGCCCUGUUGGUGAACCGUUUGGCCCCUUAUGCGGCUGGUAGCGGUAUUCCAGAGGUCAAAACCAUUCUUGGAGGUUUUGUCAUUCGCGGUUACUUUGAUGGCUGGACCUUGGCCGUCAAGGCGUGCGGCAUGGUGCUCGCCGUCUCAGCGGGUCUGAGCCUGGGCAAGGAGGGUCCUCUUGUUCAUGUAGCUUGCUGCUGUGGCUAUGUUUUUUCACAAUUUUUCGAAAAGUAUCGCCACAACGAAGCCAAGAUGCGCGAGGUCCUCUCGGCUGCGUCAGCAGCUGGGGUGUCGGUGGCCUUUGGUGCGCCUGUUGGUGGCGUCCUCUUCAGUCUUGAGGAGGUCAGCUACUACUUUCCUCACAAAACCAUGUGGCGAGCCUUUUUUGCAGCCUUGGUGGCGGCGGUAACGCUUUCCAACUUGAAUCCUUUCCUCUCUGGCCACCUGGUCAAGUUUUACGUGCAGUUUGAUUAUCCCUGGCAUUGGUUUGAGAUGCUUCCCUUUGUUCUCCUGGGCAUCUUGGGCGGUCUCUAUGGCGCGCUCUUCAACCAGGCCAACAUCAUGUGGUGUCGGCUCCGCAAGACUAGCUUCAUGCGCAAGUACCCAGUCAGCGAGGUGGUUGCCGUCGCUUCCAUCACGGCGCUCUUAGCCUUUCCCAAUGAGUUUACACGAGGUGGAGCUAGUGCAUUGAUCGAGCGACUUUUCACGGAAUGCAACAAGGAGGAUACUUCAUCUCUCUGUUCUGAUCGCGAGAUUGGCGUCAUCUCCCUGCUCUUGUUGGCGUGUCUUUUCAAGGCCAUUAUCACCGUUUUUACUUUCGGCGUUCGCGUACCUUCGGGUCUAUUUAUCCCAAGCAUGACCGUGGGCGCCACGCUAGGACAUUGUGUUGGCAUCUUGAUGGAGCGCAUCGUUCGAGACCAUCAAAAUAGCCACUACAUUACCUCAGUUUGUCCCGACAUUGAGACUUGCGUGACACCUGGUUUAUACGCCAUGGUGGGUGCUGCGGCUACGUUGGGCGGCGUCACUCGCAUGACCGUAUCUCUGGUGGUCAUUAUGUUCGAGCUGACGGGCGGCCUGACUUACAUUCUACCACUGAUGAUUGGUGUCAUGUUCAGCAAGUGGACGGGCGAUGCUUUCAAUCCAAGUGGCAUUUACGAUCGGCACAUCGAGCUGAACGGGUACCCGUUUUUAGAGAACAAGGAUACCUUUGAGCAUCCGACGCUGGCCAAGGACGUGAUGCAGCCAGAUCCCCAGACCAACACCAUGCCCGUGUGCAUCAACGCGGAAUCCGUGACUAUCGGGCACUUGGAAACGAUCAUGGAAAAACAUGAUCACGCAGGGUAUCCCGUGGUGCAGUCUGAGGAGAACCCGCAAAUCCGAGGUUUUGUGGCGCGAAGCGAUCUCUUGGAGGCCCUGGACAAGCUUGCUGAACGUGAUGAUGUCACCUCAGCCACGCCAGUGAACAUGUUGCGGGAGGCCGAUGGGUUUGGAACGGCGGUGACCAGCGAGUUUGCGCCGACCACUCUGUUCUUUGGAUCCAUUCUGCUGCAGGACGUGUUUGUGAUUCCCGACAUUACUCCAAUGACGACAGUCGUGGAGCUUUUCCGGCGCAUGGGCGUCAAGCAGGUCAUGGUUACGCACGACACGCGGCUGGUCGGCAUUAUCACGAAGAAGGACGUGAUUCGCCACAUGGCACGGAUGGCGGGCAAGGAUGUUUCCGUAAAGUUUCAUUAA